AUGGAAAGAUCGAAUCUGCUCACCUGGGAUUUAAACAUACCUGCUAGCUAUUUCACUGACUGGAGAGGGGUCAAAUCGAUUAUGCUAGGAACUCUACUGCAGGCAAUCGUCUCCCAGUCACAACUAGGUCAUGUUGCACAGACCUCGGUGCAUCUGCUCACAUUUCUCUCUGGGGCAUCAGUUUCUGUUGAUGUUGCUACCACAAGAGUCCCUGUCUUUGACUCAGCUAUUCAAUCACCUGAAUAUGGCUUUCGGGUUCUACAUUCCCUCAGAUCUACCGAUUUUCAGGCUAUGCAUCAUACAGGUGCAUCAAUUGAUAUAGCCAAUGAGAUUCUUGCUUUGGAUCCCCUUCACACUCUUUUGGCAGCUUAUGGCCGUGUGUGGGCACCCUUUGAUAUCUAUCUUCCCCAUCAUUUCAUCAUUGUCUUCAUGGUCCCAAGCUCAGCACAAUUUCCUGCUAUCUUUCCAGCUCCAUCCACCCAAACUGCACAGAUUGGUAGCCAGAAUUUACUGGGCUAUCACUCUUCACAUGUUCCUCAUAUGGAUCAUCCUUCUACAGAAUUCUCUUCGUCUUUGCUGUCUCUCACAUCUGAAUCAUACAGCCACAGCCCUUCACCUAUUCCAUCAAUAGAUUUUGCUACAUCUGGACCUCAGGCUUCUCCAUCAUUUAGCCUGGAUUUUGAAAUGACCCAGUUCUUGGCAGAAGAUUCUACUGCAGGGAAUCAAUACUUAUCACUCCUCCACCGAUUCCUACUGGACUCCUACUGGACUCCUGGAUUCCUACUGGAUUCCUACUGGAUUUUAACAUUCUUUCCAGAAAAGCAUUUUCACAUAUGUCUUAAUUCCCCCUCCUACUGGACUCCUACUGAACUCCUACUGGACUCCUACUGGACUCCAAUUGAACUUAAACAAAUACAUAUGUUUACCAUUGACACCAACCUUUUCAAAGAUCUGCAUGACACCUGCGAUACCAUCAAGUGGCACACAGAUUUCUGUAUGCCCCUUGGGAAGCAAAGCCAAAGGCUAAGAAUCCUUAUACAGAGCUGGAAGGUGGUGACCACAAGCGUCUCGCAGAUACUCCAAAGGAUCGCAGGUAUUGCAGGUGUCAUGCAGAUCUUUGAAAAGGUUGGUGUCAAUGAGGUUGCAUGCAACAAUGAAACCACGUUAUGGGCUGACAGCCAUUUUGGCUGGAAAGCAGCUCAGCAAUGGCCCCACUCAGAGUUACUCAGCACUGAUCAGUUCACUCAGUGCUGA